UCUUUUCAACAUGCCAGGAUUUAUUAGUGUUAUUAUCAUCGUUUUACCCACAUAUAAUUAUAAACCCACUUCGAAGCUCACAAUUAUUGAUACUAAUGUCCAGGGUACAAGAAUAGGAUGACCUUUGUCAGCAGUGCAAACUAAAUGUGCACGUGUGCGAUAACACUGUGUGACACUUAUAUCAGUAAUGGCUGCCGAUGCUCACUGUGUGUGUCUGGACGACUUCGAAAAGUAUGCUGAAAAACACCUAUCACUUAUGACAUGGAUUUACUACUGUUCCGGAGCUGACGGCGAAACAACAUUGAAAGAAAACAGAAGGUCUUUUCGAAGAAUUCGUCUAAAACCAAGAGUGCUGCGAGACGUAUCUACACGUGACUUAAAAACAACAAUACUUGGCAGAGAAAUAGACAUACCAAUUUGCAUAUCUCCUACAGCAUUUCAAGGAUUGGCCCAUCCAGAUGCUGAAGCUGGAACAUCCAGAGCCUCGGGGACGUUUAAUACAUGUAUGAUACUCAGCUCUGUAAGUUCGUUAUCCCUAGAAGACAUUUGUUGUGCUCACUCUGGAGGUACGAAAUGGAUGGACAUCUAUGUUUGGCCUAACCCACGUGUAACUAAGGACAUGGUACAAAGAGCGGAACAAGCUGGAUGUAAAGGCAUUGUUGUGUCUGUCGAUAUCUGCCAAGUUGGUUUCAAGCGAAGAAUGGCAUAUGUAGCUGGGGAUAUUGUACCAAGAAAUGCGAUUAUUGCUAACUUUGAUAAAUACUGCAAGAAUGGUAUUAUGAAUGAAACAACAUUCCUGGAUGAAGUGAAAUGUGGUGACCCAAGUGCAACGUGGGCUGACAUUGAUUGGAUAAAGUCCAUAACCAAAUUACCCAUAAUACUCAAAGGCAUUAUGACAGUUGAAGAUGCAUUGAUUGCAGUGGAACAUAAAGUGAAUGCUAUUAUGGUAUCUAACCAUGGUGGGAGACAGUUAGAUGGUGUACCAGCAACGAUAGAUGUGUUAGCAGAGAUAUCUAAGGCUGUAGGUGAUAAAAUAGAAGUCUACAUGGAUGGUGGUGUACGUACAGGUACUGAUGUAUUGAAAGCAUUGGCUCUUGGUGCUAGGGCUGUCUUUAUUGGUAGACCAGUUAUAUACGGCUUGGCGUACAAGGGUGAAGAAGGUGUCAAAAACGUCUUGCAGAUUUUAAAAGACGAGUUGAGCUUAGCUAUGGCAUUAUCAGGUUGCAGAACAAUCAAGGACAUUAAUGAGAGUAUUGUCAUGGAAAAGAAUUUAUAUUGCCGACUUUGAGGAUCAGAAGAGUUCUUACUGUUACACUUUUGAUUUAUUAUCCGUAUAACAAUUAGGUUAACAUUGAAGCAUCCGAGAAACGUAAAUAUUCAAGAAAAAAAAAACACUUCAGUAGUUAUGAUGUAACAGUAUAAACACGACAUUCCAGUAAAGAACGUGAUACACAUU